CUGCUGUGGGCGGUGGCUCCUCCUGCGGCCCGGCCUGUGAUCCGCGCUGCCCGCAGGUCGGCUCUCAGCGCUUCCUUUCCGGCGGGGCGCUGUGGGCGGUAGACGCAGAGCCGGAGUGGGAUGCGGCUGACGCGGAAGCGGCUCUGCUCGUUUCUCAUCGCCCUGUACUGCCUCUUUUCCCUGUACGCCGCCUACCGCGUUUUCUUGGGGCCCCGCCGUCGGCCUCCGGCCACGACCGCGCGGGGUCCCAGGAAAGGAGCGGCUCCGGCGCGGGAGAGGCGCGGCCGAGAAUCUACUUUGGGAAGUGAAGAGUGGAAUCCUUGGGAAGGAGAUGAGAUAACUGAGCACCGGCACAGAGUUAAAACUAGCCUUCAAAUAUUAAAUAAAUCAACAAAAGGAAACACAGACCACAGAGUACAAAUCUGGGGCAAAGCUGCAAUUGGCUUAUAUCUCUGGGAACAUAUUUUCGAAGGGGUACUCGAUCCCCCUGAUGUGACAGCUCAGUGGAGAGAAGGAAAGUCAACUAUUGGAAGAACACAUUACAGCUUCAUCACAGGUCCUGCUGUCGCCCCAGGGUACUUCUCUACUGAUGUGAACAAUGUGGUGCUGGUUUUAAACGGCAGAGAGAAAGCAAAGGUCUCCUAUGCCACCCAGUGGCUACUUUAUGCGCAGACCCUGGUACAGUCUCAGAAACUCCAGCACGUGGCUGUAGUUCUGCUUGGAAAUGAGCACUGCAGUAAUGACUGGGUGGCCCAGUUCCUCAAGAGCAACGGAGGCUUUGUGGAGCUGCUGUUCAUCACAUACGACAGCCCGUGGAUUAAUGACGUGGAUGUUUUCCAGUGGCCUUUAGGAGUAGCAACAUACAGGAACUUUCCUGUGGUGGAAGCAAGUUGGCGAAUGGUGUACGAUGAGAGGCCAUACUUAUGUAAUUUCUUAGGAACUGUUUAUAAAAAUUCGUCUAGACAGGAACUGAUGAACAUUUUGAAACAAGAUGGGAAUGACAAACUCUGUCGCAUUACAGCAAGAGAACAGUGGCAGCCUCAAGAAACAAACGAAAGUCUUAGGAAUUACCGGGACACUUUGCUUCGGAGUGACCUCACACUGUGCCCCGCAGGAGUCAACACAGAGUGUUACAGAAUAUAUGAGGCCUGCUCCUACGGCUCUGUUCCGGUGGUGGAAGACGUGAUGACCCCUGGCGCCUGCGGAAACACAUCUGCUCAGCACAGCGCCCCCCUGCGGCUGCUCAAGGCCAUGGGCGCGCCCUUCAUCUUUGUUAAGAACUGGAAGGAACUUCCUGCUAUUUUAGAAAAAGAGAAAACUAUAAAUUUACAAGAAAAGAUUGAAAGAAGAAAAAUACUACUUCAGUGGUAUCAACGCUUCAAAACAGAACUAAAAGUGAAAUUUACUAAUAUUUUAGAAAGUUCAUUUUUAAUGAAUAAUAAAAGUUAGCUUGAUUAUCUUUAAAAAAAAAAAAAA